AUGGCGAAGAUAAAGACGAACAAAACCCCCGCCGCUUCUGCACCUUGCCCCUGCUUCUCCGGCAACCCGUACGGGGACUGCUGCAAGCCCUUCCACGACGGCGAGAAAAGCCCACAACCCGUACAGGUCAUGAGGGCGCGGUACGCGGCGUACGCAUGUAACAUGCCCCAGUUCAUCAUGAAGACCACACAUCCCGACCACGAAGAUUUUGCGAAGUCGGGCUGGCGAGAUAGCAUUCUCGUCUUUUGCAACAACUACAAAUUCACCGGUUUGGAAGUGGGCCAGCCGGAGGUAGACCAAGACACGCCCGAUAAGGUGUAUGUGUACUUCACCGCCAUGAUGGCGGGCGCGAAGGGGGGCGGUGCCGUUAGUUUCGACGAGAGGAGCGUCUUCCUGCUGACCGACGACGGAGAGUGGCUCUACAGAGCCCCCGAUGCCAACUACAAGGAGUCUGUCAACGUCAUCAGCAAGCGAAAGUACAACGCCGCCGCGAAGACGGACAGGCCCAGCGGGUUCUCUGCACGAUGA